GUCCUUAAUUUGUUGUGAGUUACCAAAAUGGAUGGUAUGGAAGAACUCGAAAUACCAGUUUCUGGAGCUAUUUUCACUUUUGGUAAAAGUCAUUUAUCUGAAUUUUUACCAAAUCAGUUUUGGGUAAAUAAUGACAGUGUAGUUGAUAUUUCUUGUGGGGAUGAACAUACAGUACUUGUAGCAGAAAGUGGUAGAGUAUUUGUGUUUGGUAAUAAUGCUCAAGGUCAACUUGGUUUAGGAAAUGAUAUAACUACUAAGAAACCAUCCUGUAUUAAAUCAAUUAAAAAUGAAAAAAUCAAGUUGGUAGCUUGUGGGAGAUCUCAUUCAGUUUUUGCUUCAGAAUCUGGUUAUCUUUAUUCGUGUGGUAGUAAUUCAGAGAGUCAGUUAGGUUUAAAAGAAGUUAGACAAGUUGAUAAACCACAGUGUAUUAAGGGUGUUGAACCACAACAAUAUAAAAUGUUAUCAUGUGGUGCUGACCAUAGUGUUGCUUUAACAGUAAAUGGUGAAGUAUAUGUAUGGGGUGGUGGUGAUGAUGGUAAAUUAGGAUUAGGUGAUGAAAAAGAACACAAUAUACCAACUUUAUUACCAUUUGAUGAAAAAAUAACUUGUAUAUCAUGUGGUUAUUAUCAUACAGCAUUUGUAACAGUAAGUGGUAAACUAUAUACUUUUGGAGAAACAGAUGAAGGAAAGCUUGGUUUAGAAAAAUCUGUAAGAGAAGCUCUUACACCACAUCAUGUGUCUUCUAUACCAGAAAAAGUGAAAGCUGUAUCAUGUGGUGGAUCACAUACAGCCGUAGUAACAGUGGAUGGUAAAGUUUAUACAUUUGGAGAUGGAUCAAAUGGUCAGCUUGGAAGAGGUACAUCUGAAUUACAAUUAUGGACACCGAAGUGUGUAGAACUUGGUUUUAAAGCCGUUGAUGUAUCUUGUGGUGAAAACUUCACUGCCAUUAUAUCAGAGAAUGGGUUUUUAUAUACGUGUGGUAAUGGUAGACAUGGUAGAUUAGCACAAGAACAAGAUAGUUAUUCUAAUCAAUUUUUACCUCAGAGAGUUAACAGAUUUAGACAGUUCUUUGUUCAUAAGGUAGCAUGUGGUGGUUGUCAUAUGAUAGUAUCAGCUACAAAACAUGUAGAAGACUCUUCUAAUAGACGCCAUUCUGUUAAUAGUAUCAAUGAUAUAGGACUACUUAAUGAAGCUCGUGUUCGUAGACGUCAACUGCAUAAUAUGUCAUUAAAUAAAACCAUGCCAGUUCUGCCACAACUAAGUCGAAAUAACUCCAAACCUAAAAUGCUGAACCAAACCAUGCCUCACCCUGUUUCUAAGAGGAAACUGACCAAGCGGGCAAGAUAAAAUUACACCGGGUUAAUUUACAUUUAUCAUUCCGUCCUAUUUAAUUGUUGAUAUUUGAUAAAUCUAUUUUUUAUUAUUUUAUUUAGUGAUAUAUAUUUUAGAAUGCCUACAUUGUGCUUUUAUAAUACAAAUUUAUCUUAGUGUUAAUAACUUGGUACAAACAUAGUGCAAAAUGUCCAAAUCAAUUGGCUAUGAUUUAAAUUAGCCAAAAACAUUUUCUCAGAGUAAAUAUAAAAUAUCUAAUUUGUAGACUGAGCUAGACUACAAAUAAAAGAUAUUUUAUGGGGUAAAAAUCUCUAUAGAUAGUGACUUCUAAAAGUUUUUGUAAAACAUUAAAGCAUUUGAUUAUAUGUGACAGUUUAUUAAGACAAUAUUAAUUUUGACAUGGCAUAUAUCGAGAAUAUUAUUUCAUAAUCAGAUAAGCAUUAUGAAUAAAUUCUAGGGGAUCUUCGUGAUGUUGAUGGAAGCAGGCAAAUCCCUAUUAUUGUAUGUUGUACGAGAUUUGAUUUCAUAUCAGAUUUGACUGUCAUGGAUACAGCACAUUUGUGACUUUUUUUAUUGAGUAAACUAUUUGUGUCCGGAAAUUAAUGAGACUUUUUUAAAUUUAAAAAAAAAAAUGGCUCUUAGAACCAGAAUAUUUUUUUAUAUGGCCUUAUAAUUAUUAUAAAAUUUGAAGCCGUAAAAUAAUACUUCCUAUAAUUAUUAUAAAAUUUGAAGCCGUAAAAAAUACUUGCAUACAUAUGGGCAUACAUCUUUAUUAGGGACACAUCACACAGGAUUAUCUUAGAACCACAAUGUUUUUUUAUAUGGCCUAAUAAUUAAUAUAAAAUUUAUAGCCGUAAAUAAUACGUGCUAUAGGCAGAUUUAGCUCUUGUAUACAUCUUUAUUCCUAAAUUACUGCUGAAUAAUUAAAUGUUUUAUUUCAAAUUUUAAACAUGAUUUCAACGAAUUAUUGUAUAGAAUUUACACAUUUUUAUGAUACUUAGAGAACUAUUUGAUUAUAUUCGUGAAGUUUUACUGUAGGCAAUGUUGGGAUUUCAAAAUUUUUCUUGUCAGAUGUUUUUACCGACAGUAAAGGGACAUAACUCUUAUCUUUAUUUAAACAGGCAGUUUCAGACCACACACAAAAAUCGUUUGUCAACAAAAUAUUCAAAUUCGUACAUAAUAAAAAAUACGUGCACCUCAUUAUUUUGAUAUUUAAUUCCUGUGCGGUAUUCAAAUUAAUGUCAGUAAUAUUCUUACAAAAUUAUGUGUUGUUGUAAUACUAUAGAAUGAAAGCGUACCGACUACUGCCGACCUGUACUUUAACCAGUUAUUUUCUAUUUUAUGUCUGUAUAGCAAGAGAUACAUAUAUUGUUUUAUUAUAACUACUGUUAACCAGUUAUUGUCUAUUUUAUGACUAUAUAUUGUUUUAUUGUACCUACCGUUUAAUUCAACUAGUUAUUAACUAUUGUAUGGCGAAAUAUGUAGAUCUAAGUAUUGUUUUAUUAGAACUACUGUUUAAUUCAACCAGUUAUUAUGGUUGUAUAUAAAUAUAAAGGUAUUGUUUUAUUAUAUCAGCUGUUUAAUUCAACCAGUUUUUAACUAUUGUAUGGCUAUGUCGAUCUAUUUAUUAGAUUGUUUUAUUAGAACUACUGUUUAAUUCAACCAGUUAUAAACUAUUAUAUGAUUGUAUUGGUAUUAUUUUAUAAUAUCUACUGUUUAAUUCAACCAGUUAUUGUCUAUUGUAUGGCUAUUCAGAUCUAUAUAUUGUUUUAUGAUCACAAUACUACUAUAUAGCCAUACAGAGUAUAGAAGUAUUGUUUUAUCUCUUGCCCUCUGUGAUUGUAUGGGAAAUUCUGAUAUUUUUAAUUCAAAAAUAUCUUGGUGGCUCAAAAUGAAAUACCCAGCAAUUUGAUUUACUGUAUUUUAACUUAAUUUAUUUUUAUAUAAUAAUCUACUCCUCCCAUUUUAAAUAUUUUCACUUUCCUGGUUCAUUUCCUACUCAUUUUUUUUCUCUGUGUGGGAAGAAAUCUUUGAAAGCUGAACAUAGAACUGCCGGUAUAUUUUACCAUCCAGGAAGUAAUUUUAAACCGUUAUCAAUGGUAUUCUAUUCUACUACCUCUUCCCCUUCCUCUGCAAGUUGGAACAGUACAGUAGAAUGUUAAACCAUUUCCUUCCUCUGCAUUGUCAACCCCCAAAAAUGUGUACCAUUAUAUUAAUUAAUGAAUGAAUGAAAUGAAGUUUUAUGGUACAUCAGCUCCAACUGGGCUAUAUUGUGUCAAAGUACCGGUGCAUUAAAAGUUGCACUAAAAUUUAACUGCCAAAUGAAGAUAGUUUAUAACAAAUUAAAGCUGAGAAUUUGUUGCUUUCGAGAAUAUUAUUGUUUUCAGUGAACAUAGUGAUUUUUAUCCAAUACAAAUUCCCAAAAAUUUAAAUGAUAUAUAUUAAAUGAUUUUAUUAUUAUAUCUAUAUAUAUCAACAUAAGGUAUAUGAUUAAUCUAAUGUACUUUAUUUUAUAGUAAUAAUAAUAAAAUUUUAAUAUAAAUGAAAUGGAAAGUCAUUUAAACAAAUGAAGUAGAAGAUUCUCAUUAGUAAUUACAAUGUAGUCCAUUAAAAUUAUUUAUGAUUACUGGGAAAUAUAACAGUCUGUUUAUAUAUAUAAUAUUAUACAAGUGGUUUUUAAUUUGAUAUUAUUUACUGUAUAGUAGUAUAAAGGGUAGUUCAUCUAUUACUGGUAUAAAAGCUGGCAGUAUUAUAUAUUCUACCAGAUUCAAUGUGUAAUAAAUAAAAUCAGGUUUAAAGGACAAUAUUGGUGUCAGUCAUUAUUGCAUAUGUGAUAGAACUCGUUAAAUACGUUCCAAAUAUAAUUUUAACGCAGAGAUCAUUGCUAUGAUAGAUGCGUAAUGAAGGUUUCUACAAAAGGAAGUGACGAACACAAAAGGAAAACACGAGUUAUCCUUCAAUAUAACUGACUGAAGUGACGAGUGAUAACAGAUACACGGCCGAAUUUUUGCUCACUAACAAUUCCUUCGAAGACCAAAAGUUGUUAUGUGAGACUGUGAGAGGAUAUCUGACAAUUCAAAAAAGUAAUUGAAUGUGAUAAUGACUGACACCAAUAUUGUCCUUUAACAUCUAGCUUUACACCAACCAGGGCUAAUGAAGAUGUUCAAGUGUAACAACUAUUGUAUAAGUUUUAUUUUAUAAAUUACUUUAUUCCUACUGUUAUAUUUAUCAUUCUUUAUUUUAGUUUUUAUAAUAAAAUAAUUUGUAAGAAUUAAA